UCUUGGAGACGCGUAUUGAAUCGGAAGUUCCAUACUUCACACCAUUCACUGCCCCACACACCAUUUCUACCUGAUUCCCGCUGAGUUUCCAAAGCAACUAUCAGCUGAUUAAUUGGAAAUCAACCAAACAACAUCUCAUCUCCGUUGGGAGUUCGAUCAGUGGAUAUCCCCUUCCGAGUUACUCCUGUGAAGUCUGUGCAUAUUCAGGAUGAAUCUUCCAACUCCAAUAUGCAGCAGUGGAGUGGAAUCUGCAUGUUUUAUGGCGAGCUCUGGUCUUCUCUCCUCUUCAUGGAAGCUUAUCGCCGACCUGUACGCUGAGAACAAUUCAAACGGCGAACUUCUCUGGAAAAAAGUCACCAAUGAAUCAGAUUUGACCCUGUUAGCUUUUGUGACUCCCCAAACUCAUGUUCAGCCCGAUUUGCUUCCUUCAGCGGACCUCUCGGACAACCCAUUCCAAUUUCUCUUUUCCGAGAGAAACCCCCCGUUCUAUCUUAAUCGAUCUGCAAUUUCCCUAUUUGAUAGAAAUCGCCGGAUGCUUCAUCGACUAAAAUCCCAGGUGGAUGUCGAGAAACCAUUAAUUGUUACAGGGCAUGGUGUUGGAGGAUCAAUUGCUUCUCUUUUCACUUUAUGGCUGUUUGAUACCGUGGAUCCACGCGAUAAGCAUCCACUCUGCAUCACCUUUGGUUCUCCACUUAUUGGUGACCAAAACCUGCAACAGGCUGUGUGUGGAAGCAACAGGUGGAACUCUUGCUUUCUGCAUGUAGUGUCUCGCGAGGACCCGCUUCCUUUCUCGUUGACUUCCACUACUUUGUACGAGCCCUUCGGAAUAUAUCUCUUAUGUUCUGAUCAUGGCUCUGCGUGCGUGGAGAGCCCUGCUUCUAUUAAAAAGCUGCUGGAGGAAAUGCGUCCAAUGAUGGGAGGAUUCGAAAUGGAAGGAUUCAGAAGUCCUGGUUAUGGAUACGUAGUGGAAAAUCUGGAGCGUAAUGCAACCUGCAAAGACUCUACAGCUUGCAACAUCUCUUGCUGUAAUAUACUGCAAAAAAGCCUCGAUUUGCAGUUGCAGAAACUAGGAUUUGCAGAAUUGCAGGAGAAGGGAUCAAUAUGCAGGAAAAAGGCACCGCACAUUUUGCUGUCUUCUAUUUUCCCUUCCUUACCAAACCUAGUUUUUUCCCUUUUUUCUUUUAUUGUAUGCAAGCCGGUCCUUUUCCUUUCUUCAGGCAUUUUAAAGUUGGUUUACAAAAAGGCUCCUGCACAACAAAGGAUCCAUAGGCUUACUGAGAAAGGCAGAACGUCGGCUGCCGGAGAACCAAUGGAGGCGGCACUAGCACUUAGCACGCAAGGCGACAAGCAGAAUAUGGAUAUGAAGAAAUUGGUAGAAAACUUGGAAACAGAAGAACGUCAGUGGAUUCUGAAGAAGCGGAAACGGUUUAUCCCCAUGAAGAAAUUUGAUGAAAUGGAAAUAUGCAUGGCACAAAUGGAAUGGUACAAGAAGUAUACUAAGCAUCAGAGGAUAGGGUACUACGACAGUUACAAGGCUGAUAGGUUUCCUCGUGAUCAAGAAAUUUACUUGUACGUCAAAAUCCUCAACAAUUACUGGAAAGGCAUGGUCGAGGAGGCAACGAGGCAGCCCCAGAAAGAAGGCGCUGCAUUUCGUACCAAAUGGCUUUAUGCUGGUACUGAUUAUAGGCGGAUGGUGGAACCAUUGGACAUUGCUUGGUACUACCGUGACGGUAACAGAGACUAUAUGAAUCGCGGAAGAUCUGAGCAUUAUAAGAAGCUAGAGAUGUGGUUGGAAGAUGAGAAAAAUCCCGAGUCGAGAAGUAAACAGAAUGUGGAAAAUUUAUUGACGGUAGAUUCUUGCUUUUGGGCGCAUGUGGAAGAGGCUCUCAUUUCAUGCAGGAAAUGGUUUAGCAGGGAAGGGGAGAAGCAAGAGGAAAGGCAGAAACUGCAACAGUUUGAGAAUUACGUGUAUGGGUUGCUGAGGAAGUACAAAGUGUCCCCAGAAAUUUUCUUGGAGAAAUGCAGCUAUAUGAGUUGGUGGAACCAGUACAUUGAAAUCAUGGGAACUUCAUAUGAGUCCAGGCUUGCCAACUUCAUGAGGGAUCCAGCCAACUGGGAGCUGUAUGCUGAGGGUCUUUACGAUUUUCCCUUAUUGCCUUAACCAGCCUCUCAGCACUCAAACCCUCUCCUCAGUUCUGACCAAAACUUCAAAAGUAAAUUAGGAUCCCAUUUAGUGGUUCUACUUCCGACUUCUGUUAUAUGCUUUGUUAUUUUGGGACAAUAAUGAGCGUCAGGCUAAGAAUUCUAUUACUAUUUUAGCUAUUGUUCUUUCA